GCGGAACAGGGCGACUGUACAGAGAAAGUAAAUGAGCGAGAAGGCACUAAAUGCGGUGGUUCUAAGCUGUAAACUGUACAACGCAUCUUAUGAGGCCAAUUUUACCUCCGCCAAUGGCCAGCAAGAUAUUCGGAUACCACAUAUCCAAGCAUUGAACGAAGUGAUGUCCGUCGACAUGUCACACUUGACCAACAUAGAAAACUCUUCAACGCAUGAUUUUGACCAAAUGGAGAGAUAUUCUUACAUGUCCAUCAUAGACGAACUUGGAGACUUUUUUUCUGGAGAUGUACACCAGAAAACCACGGCUCCUGCAGCACCAAAUUCUCCACCAUCCUCCAAACAACCCGGACCGCCAGUAUAUCGACAGUCUUCAACACAGAAGACGUCAAGGGGUUGGAUCCUCUUCUGGACCAUAUCACCGAUGCAGAUAUCUCUUUCAAGGAUAGAUGGCGCCCAGGGCCGGAGCCCCGGUAAGGGGGUUUUCAAUGUCGAUUAAUUGGAAGUGCCUUUGACACCACAGACACCAAGACUGCUGAAGUCGCCGGAGUUGUACGAGGAGGUGGGAUUGGGUUUGAACCAGCGAUUGGGACCUUCGGGUUGGUUUAAUGGUGGUGCGAGACGGGAUAAGUAAUCUAAUUUCUUUCAUCGCUAUUCUUCUGCAGAUUAUGAGAUGACGGGGACAUUACAACACUUCCAAGUCAUCCUGUGCUUUCCGGCAACAUCGUGAUUCUUCCAGUUUCUCGGACUUCUAUCGUUCAUGAAUUGGCCUAAAGGGCUGUGUGCUUCGUGAGCCGGGUCCAAUCUAGGUAUUUUGGCAGAAUCCAGAAAUGAUUCUUGGCGAGGCCAGUGGGAUGGCCCAUGUCGGUUAUGUACUUGCUGUAUCCAUGCCAGACC